UUUACUUCCACUUUCUGGAAAUGGAGUCGACACAGGGACUAAACACGUUUGUUUUAACAUAAUUUAGAUUAACUUAAUUCUAGGAGAAAAGUGUUGAAAAUGAUUUUCUUAAUUUUACUCACAUUGACUGCAUUCUUUAUGUCUGGUGUUUUUGGUGUGGAUACAGACAAAGUGACCAUGAUGAAGGGAGAUUCAGUCACUCUACAGACUGGUGUUAAAAUAAUAAAACUAGAAGAUAUUAAAUGGUAUUUUAAUAACACUCGCAUUGCUCAAAUCAAUGGAGAUCUGAGUUAUAUCUGUACAGAUGUUGGGUGUAAUAAUGGUACUGAGAGAUUCAGAGACAGACUGAAGCUGGAUCAUCAGACUGGAUCUCUGACCAUCAUGAACACCAGAACCACAGACUCUGGAGAAUAUGAGCUAAAGAUCAUCAGCAGCAGCAUCAGUGAAAAGACCUUCAGUGUUACUGUUCUUGAUGUUUCUGAUACUGAACGAGAUGAAACGAAGAGAAAGUCAGUGAAGGAGGGAGAUUCUGUUACGCUGGAUACUGAUGUAAUAAAAACCCCAAAUGAUUUGAUGACUUGGUAUUUUAAUAACUCUCUCAUCGCUGAAAUCACUGGAGAUCACAGUAAGAUCUGUACAGAUGAUGAGUGUAAAAAGAGAUUCAGAGACAGACUGAAGCUGGAUCAUCAGACUGGAUCUCUGACCAUCAUGAACACAAGAACCACAGACUCUGGAGAAUAUCAACUACAGAUCAGCAGCAGCAGCAUCAGCAUCAUUAGAUGGAAAACAUUUAUUGUUUCUGUCUUUGAUGUUGCUCUGUCUUCAGCUGCUGUAGCAGGAAUAUGUGUUUGUGUUCUGCUGCUUGUUGCUGCAGCUGCUGGUGUGAUGUACUACUGCAGGCUUCAAACUAUAAUAAGGGACAGCAGGAGGCAGUGCAGUGUUCAGGUGAGAUACUGUCAGCAUAUUUGAAUAUUUGAAAUAGAACCAUCACAAUUCUUUAUAAAUAGUUUGUGGUGUUCUAAAUUUUAUGCGUCAGACACUGUCAAUCAAAUAUUGUAUUUGUACAGAAGAUCACACUGUGAUGCAGUUUAUCAGACUGAAGAUUCAUUGUAUUUGAAAGUGAAAGUGAAAGUGAUAGUGAUAGUGAUGUGUGUCCCAUACUCAAAAUUUGUGCUCUACAUUUGUCCCAUCCAAGUGUACACACACAGUAGUGAGUAGUGAACACACACAAACACACAUUGUGAACACACACCGGAGCAGUGGGCAGCCAUGUUUGCUGUGGUUGGGGGUUUAGUUCUUGCUCAAGGGCGCCUACCGAGACUCAAACCCAUAACCUUUGGGUUACAAGUCUAACAUUGUGUUCAUUAUUUAGGAAAAGAAACCCUGUGUGCAACUAGCAAACAUCUGGAAAAAACACCAUGUGUUUGUAUAACCGAAUCAUCAUCAUUUACAAGUGAAUCUGUGUUUUAUUACAGGGAACUCAUUUAAAAGACUCAUUCCCCAAAUCUGUCUGACAAGCUGGACACUUCCAAUAAGAUGUCAACUGAUUGGAAUAAGACUGAGGCUGCUAAUCAGACACCAAUGUAACAUCAUUCAAUAUUUUGAUCUUAACUGAAAGGGACAAUGAAAAA